AGCGCGCCCAGCUGUGACCCAAACACGGAAGCGAAUCAAACGCCUGCGAAAGCAAAAGUCCUGACUCUUUGUUGUUACAUACACACAUUUUAGACGUUAUUCGUCAUGUGAACAUUUAAAGUUUUAUAACGUAAAUCUCACAUUGUGUGCUCACGAUGGUUUUUUCUUGUUGUCGAGUUACUGUGCCGCUUUUUAUCGCGGUUUUAUCCAUUGCUGUCGCCGUCGUCGCUCAAAACCUGGGUAAGUUGAUUUAAUAUGAAGAAGUUGAGUGUGAGUGUGUUAAUAAAUGAUCGAUAUGCCCUUGAAUUGUAGACCGAGGGAAAAUACUGUAAAGGUAUUUUCUUUAACUUGUAACGGUGACUGUAGUAAGUUUACUAACAGCGCCCCCACCUGGCCGUUUCCUCCCUCCUGACAUUUCUUGUGUAACUCCGGCUGUUCUCCACAGCGAUGCCGCCCCCUCUGUCCGCCGUCCUCGGUGUGUGCUCUCUGACCGGGAUGGCUCUCUUAUGGAGGGAUAUAAGCUCCAAGAUGAAGGGUGAAAACAGGACUUUAAGCAGUCUGCUCAGUCAGUAUCUGGCCGUGAAGGGUGUGGGCUGGCUGGGCAGGAGACAGAGACGGAAACUUGAAGCUGAUACUCUCAAUGUGAAGCGAGUGCAGGAGGAGACUCUGCUGAAGCGCCUGCGUAAAAAUGCAGACACAUGUUAUGGAAGACAGUACGAGUUUAGCUCAAUAACAGGUAAGAAAUCUCAUGGAGACAUGUCACAAUAUCACAUGGUGUUUUUAAAUUAUGCUUGACUGUGUUGCCGGUUUAAAAACUGCAGGUGUUGUAAAACUUACCAUGUGUUUGUCCUCUGAGCAGCUGUGAUGUAACGUAAGUUAAUGUAAAGAUACGGUGGCCGAGAACCGCCACUGCUGCAAAUUAAAAAAAAAACAAAACAAAAGAAGUCACAACGAAAGUUACUGAUGAAAAAAAGAGAACCUGAAGCUUGCUGUGAAUAAAGAAACAGUUUUACCAACAUGGCCCUAGUUUUACUAACUUUGGUAACGACCACACGAUAGCAAUACACAGUGGUCUGAGGAGCCAUAAACAAACCUCAACCAAAAAGCCACUCUAUAGCCACAAAUGAUGCUCAGAACAGCACCUAACUUCAUCAACAGUACAUACAGAGUCCAAGCCAUAGUAGUAGCCACCAAACAUCUUUUUAGCUUUUCCUAAUUUCUUUAGCAAAGAGAUGAAACACAACUCACCUACUCUCUUCCAGCAGCCGCUUGUUUGUAGCGGGACCUCAGACCAGUCCAUUACGGACUGCUGCGGGGUGAUGCAGCUCAAGGAAUAACAUUUAUGGGUGUCUAACUCUGUGUUACUGUGUGUUUGACCCUAAAUUAAUUUUAUGCUGGAAUAUCCCUUUAAAAACAGGCAUGAUUCUGUAGUGGAAAUCACAUCAUGGGCUCAAAACCACACACAAAAACUAUUCUCUGUGGACACAGUUUGUGACUAUGUCCACAAAUGCUGGGGGAAAAUAGUAUGAACAUGAUCUAGAAACACAGAAGACUUUUUUUGGACUGAAUCUUAUAGUUUGUUAUUUUUAUUUCAACAUUUGGUGUGUCAAUUUUGCACUCUUUUCAAUCAAAUAUAUUGGUUUACAUGAUUUUUAAAAAAGUCACAUUCUAUUUUUCAUCAACAUUUACUCAGCAUCCCGACUUUUUUGGAAUUGGAUUUGUACAUUAGUGAUGGUAAGACAAAGGAGUGGAUAUUGGCAGUCACAAAGCUGUGUUGACUUUCUAAGAUAAAAAAAAUGUACAAGAUGAUAGAAUCAAAAAAGAUAGAUGAUGGGAGAAUAUUUAAACAACCUUAUUAUUAAAUUUGUAAUAUUAUGUGAUAAAAUAUAGAAUUUUUUUCACCUUCAGCUGCACCUGAAUUCACUACAGAAAGUGUAAGAUAGAUUUGUGUGAGUCCCAUAUGCAAAAACAUUAAAGCUGCCUCAUUUGUUUCUUAGACAGUGAUGUAUUCCGUGCACGCCACCCCAUCACCACAUACGAGCACUACCGUGAUCUCAUCAAACGCAUCGCAGUGGGAGAGGAGAAAGUGAUUCUGGCUGAGAAACCGCUCAUCCUCGCCAUGACCUCCGGGACAUCAGGAGCCAGCACGAUGCUGCUAAGCACCAAGGACACGAACACCGAGUUCUUCCUGCAGGUGAAAAUGAUAAUUCUGGUUGUGUAUGUAUUGUAGCUGCCGCUGUCUUGUUGUUCUGCAUAUAAAACUGUAUUUAUAAUCCGUCAGGGAGUUGCUGUUUGUUUAGAAGCCAUGAGAACAGCAUUUCCAGCGACCGACAGCCUCCAGCGUACAACAAAAUUCUUCUAUACUCCCACCUUUCGACAGUCUGAGGCUGGUAUUCCUAUUGGACCGAACUCUUCCACGCCAGCCUCCUCCCGCCACAUGCUCAAUCUUUACACCACCCCAGCUCCUGCCUUUGAGGUAAAUAUGACUGAUAGUGUUUGAAAUACAACAGUUUUUAUACAUUCAAAUAUCUCCAAUCCUUUCUUUCAGGUUCCCAGUGAGAAGGACACCCUUUACCUGCAUCUCCUGUUUGCUCUCAAAGACCCCAGCGUGGGAACGCUUGAGUCUAACUUUGCCUCCACAGUCUUCUAUGCUUUCAGUGCUUUACAGGUGAUUUAUUUUUCAGAUCAUGUUUGCAUAUCCUGAAAAAAAGUCCUCUGAAUUUCUCCACGAUUGUUCCAUUUUAUAUUUUUAAAGGUGCGUGUUUGUAGCAAAAAGUAACAUCUUGUUUCCCAAAUGUUCUGUCUAUUAUUUAAAUUUUCAUGAAAGAGAAAAACACGGUGAAACUUCCCAUAUUGCUGGAUUCUUCAUGCACGCCAAGUUGAUUCCCACGUGAACACUUUGAAGUAAAAAGGGAUUGAAAUUCAUUAGCACGGCCUCAGUCCCGGUCUACUUGAAAAACCGCACAUAUAAUUAGUUUGAUGAACUGAAGAUUGGAAAAGUAAUUUUCUUCUGAUCUCCCCUCCAUCCCACAGGAUCGCUGGCAGGAGCUCGUCGAGGAUAUUGAACAGGGAAAGAUCAGCAGUAGUCUGGCGCUGGAGCCCAAAGUGAGGUCACAACUCGAGACCCUGAUGAAGCCGGAUCCAAAGAGGGCUGCGCAGCUCAGGGCCCACUUUGAGGAGGGCUUCCGUGGGAUCGCGAAACGUCUUUGGCCUGACCUCCACCUGGUGCUGGCUGUUGAUUCAGGCUCUAAUCAGAUCUAUGGAGACAUGUUGAGAGAGAACUACUGCCAGGGGGUGCCUUUUUAUUCGCCAUUUUACGCCGCCACAGAAGGUAUGAAUCCCAAAAGAAGUUAGUCAAAAAUCCUGUCAUUUUAUUCAUCAUUUAGUUUCCUCUCCAUGUAUGAUGUAAAAGUACAUGAUUAAUACAUUCACAUCCAAUUUAUGAUCAGCUCUGAUUGUGUGUUUGGGCCCCUGCAGGUCUGAUAGGGGUGAACCUGUGGCCUCAAGAGCCAAACAGACGCUACCUGCUGUGUCCACGUUCAAUGUUUUGUGAGUUCCUGCCGGAGGUUAGCCUGGAGGAGGAGACCCCUCCCACCCUGUUAAUGGAGGAGGUGAUGGAGGGACAGAACUAUGAGCUGGUUGUCACAAAUGCUUCAGGACUCUUCAGGUCUGGAUUCAUUUACUGCUGAAUAAAAGUCGAAAUAAAAGAUUAAAAAAUUAACUUGUUGGUUGAAUUUAGACAACUUUCAGGAAUAUAAUAAAUGAAGUAAGGGCUGGUUAAAGUAAAUUUCUCGUAACAUAAAAUAAGAUACCACCUUGGAUCUGUUUAGGAGUCCUUUUUCUCAUUUUAGUUCCACUUGUCUGCACUCUGUUUUGUCAAACAAUCUCAGGUUCUAGUUGUAUCCUCCCAUGACGUGAAUAACCCUGUUAUUUUUGCCUGUGUUGUAGAUAUCGUAUUGGAGACAUUGUGAAAGUCGUUGGAUUCCACAACCAGUGUCCUGUUGUCGAGUUUCAAUACAGGUACAGCUGAUGUGCUAAACUAUAUAUAGUUUUUGAAAAAUAUUCAAAGUGUCUAAAUGUUUCCUUCUUUCAUGUUUGUGUCAUCUCUCAGACGGGGUCAGAUGUUAAAUGUCCGAGGGGAGAAAGUGUCCGAGGCGCUGUUCCUCGAUGCCCUGAAGAAAGCAGUUUCUCAGUGGCCGGGAGCUCAGCUAGUGGACUACAGCUGUGCUGAGAGCGGCAUCAUGGGUAAGAAAAGUUACCCUGAUAUUCUUCAGUUGUAGAUACCUUCCCAUCCCUAACAGACAUCCUGCUUUUCUCCACUAAGUCCUCUGUGUGCUAGAUUUCUUACUGCCUGUUUCAGCCAUUCAUCACUGUCACUGAAGGCUUUAGAUAGGACUUAGUUAAAAUGAAAAUUCCAACACUAAAGGAUCUCUAGUGCAUCAUUAAGUUCAAGUACUUCACAGCGAGGGAAUGAGGGGUAUCACUGUUUAAUUUAAAUGUCUUUCACUGCGUUGUUAUAGGAGAUUCAAUAGGCGGUUCAGAUCCUCAUUACCAGGUCUUUAUAGAGCUGAGAGGCGUGAGGAAUCUCACAGAGGAGCAGCGCUACAAAGUAAGACAAACCCCGCAUAAAGAAGCAACACUCAGCAGGUUUUAUUUCUGCAGCUGGGGUUAUAUCUCUUUCUUUUUUGUUUUUGUUCCAGCUGGACGUCUGCCUCCAGCAGGACUCAGCCGUCUACAAGUCCUUCCGCAUCAAAGGCAGCAUCGGGCCAAUGAGGGUGCAGCUGGUUGCGGAGGGUGCAUUCAAGGAACUUCGCAAACAUAUGAUGGCCUUCUCGAACACCUCGCCCAACACAUUCAAAAUGCACCGAGUGCUGCGGAGGAAAGAAUAUGCUGACUUCCUACUGGGAAAAACUGUGUCCUGAAGCCUGACAAGGCAAAUUUUGCAGACUCUGACAGUGGUGAGCUGAAUGAACAAAAUCUCUGCAGUAUUCUUAUGAAACACUCACGGGUGAGUUGGGAAGUUGUGCCUUAAGGGACUGAUGUUCACAAACUCAACACACUCCUUUUCUGUCGAUUUAAUAACUUACAAGCUGAACUAUAUUUAUUUUGAUAUUAAACUGAACUGUUAAGCUUUAGCUGUUGUAUUUUAUGGUGAAAAAAAGCAACAUAAAUGCAUCAAACUUUGGUUUUUAGUUUGUUGCUUUGUCAACAAACCUUGGAUGUGGUUCUUCAAGUUUAUUGGGUAGCAUAAAAAUGGGGGAAAAAAAACCUUCCUCAGCGACUGUGCUUCAAAAAAUACUCUCUUUUUCAAGGACAUGAUCCAUUCAGUUGAUACCACAUGGUACCUUUGAAUGCUAACCGUCCCAGAAGUGCAGUCACCUUUUGAAGAUGAAAGCAACACUUGACAAGGAUUUACAAUCCAAUAACAAACCCUUCUUGUUGGUUUUGAUGCGAAAAAGUUGACUUAAAUAAGACCAAGAAAAAAAAAACAUUUCAAACUUGAGAACUGUUUUAAUUUGAGUCUUUUUUAAUAUAAAUUAAGGCAGCUAACAGGAAUCUUAGACUUAAAAGGAUAUUAUACUUGCAACACACAUAACUUACAUGCAGGGCUUAAAUAUUACCACUAGGGGGAGGUAGUCAUGUAUGCAAAAUAGAUGCUGAAGCCUCCUGCUGCUGUACUUCAGUCAUCAUUUUACAGCUUCUCUGUCCUCUCCAAACUAAACAGAUGUAUUUAUAGUUAUACCACAGGGGUGUCUCUCCUUCAGCUGAGUUUCUAGCUCCUUACUGUACACCAACAUGGCAAUCUGUCAACUGUGUUGUGGUGUGCAUGCUUAUCUCCUGCAGGUCAUAAAGUGGGCUAAUAUUUUUAGCCAUGUCCCAUUUCAGCUAAGAUCUGACACAGCUCUUGCUGUACUUUGGCUCCUUAUCGUGAUCAGACCUCCCCGGGAGUCAAACGAAAAAGCUGUAAUUCACCACAGUGAAGCCUGAGUAAAAAUACCUGAAAUAUUUAUUUUAAAGCAAAGUAUUAUAUGUUAGUUUUACAAAGUUUCCAACAGUUUAAUAGUGAAAACACAAGGGUGUGAAAGCCGAUUAUCUCUCAUUCUUGAUGAACUCAUAAAUAAGUGAGUAAGUAACUAAAUUGGGGAUGAUGGAGAGUGAGGCAGGGAAUGGGCUAGGAGCAUAGACUGUAUGUAAUAUGGACAACUUGGUUCUGCCUGUAUGUGGAUUUGAAGCCAAAAAGCUCUCGGUAUUUCCGUGAUUUUUCUUCAUUUCCUGAAACCAGCGAUGCGCGCAUUCAGGCGCGCAGUUGCUGAGAGUCGCUGUGAUGACGCUUGGUUUAAACAGCGUAUCCCCCGGGAGAGCUACGCAAUCCCUGAACGCCCAUAGGCUGUAUCAGGUGUCAGUCAUAGAAAACAUGAACCCCCUAAUAACUUUCAAAAACGGAGCUUCACAGAAAAAAAAGGACUUGAGCACAAACCAGACUUACAGUAACUACAUGUCAACAUCACAAGCAGGGGGAGAAAACUUUAUAUUCUGUUUGAUAAAUUUCUAAAGGUUGUCCACAGCUCCAUGAGCUUUGCUGGCAGAGGCGGGAUUUAUGACCUAUACUGCAGCCCAUCACCAGAGGGUGCUGUUCUCGGAGUGGCUUCACCCAGCGAGGGGGCAAACUCCGUCCAUUCUAUAUACAGUCUAUGGGUAGGAGGCAGAGUGGUGUGAACCUACCUAAAGGCCCGGGUAAUGUGAAGACACUGGCCAGCAUUACUCAAUAUCACUGAUAGACCCUUGUGUGAUCUGUUAGAAUGAAAGAGGCGGGCUUUACAGGACAUACUAGAGCCAGUCACUAGGGGGAGCUGUAAAGGAUUUGACUAUGGGGUUAGGUGCUGUCCUGUCCAUUUUUGUUUAACGGUUUUUUGGUCUACCCAAAUCUAAAAGGUGGACUUGAAGCUGUCUAAAAGCCUCAUGGCAAACAGCUACAGUGUGCCCACCUGUCAGUCAAAUCAACUGUACCCUGAUCGUACAACUUUGAGAAUAACUCCAGCCUUUAUGACAUUAAAUAUUAAGUCCAAAAUUACACUUCACUCUGAAUUUAGUACAAUCCCACUUUUUGCAGAUGUGUUUAAGAGAAAAACUAUUCCUGCCAUUAAAACCAGCCCCUAGUGGACACAUGAGGAACAGCUUUUUUGCACCUCUUUGUUUGCUUCAUAUUGAGUGAGAGAGGUUGCUGCUUGGGUUUCAAAAAUACUGUUCAUAAGGUUUAAAAUUCUUUGUUCACUCAAAACAAUAUUUCAUUAUUUCACCUCUUGCUACAUAUUGAAAAAACAAAUUAUUUCCAUGUCAGAUCAGGAGUUUCCCAGGAUUAAAGCCACAACAGUAAUUUGUAAAGCCGUGCACGUGACGGGGAUAAAUCAUUUUCUGUUUUGAAAUUUCAUCACGAUGGUUGUCAUGAUCCCAAACACCGAUCUAAAGAUGGCAUGCUGGGUCAAUAAAGCCUGAUUCCACUUUUUAAUA